CAGCAUUGAACCGGACAACCACCGCAGGCUCGUUCCCAAAAAUCGUCACGUCAUGUCCGGGCUUGAAGCGUUGGCUACCCUCGGGCUAGCCUGCAAUAUCAUGCAAGUCAUCAGCUUCGCCCGCGAGACUGCCGAAAUCUGCAGCACAGUCUUCCAAACGGGAUCUGUCGACCCCAGCCUCACCACCACCGUGGCACAUCUCACCAAGGCCUUUGGGGAAUUGGAUAGCUCCCUGGCCGCAGCGCCAGCUCCCUUGACCUCCGAUGAUGACGAACUGUGUGCCAUAGCAAAGGCUUGCUUGGUGACAGCAAAAAAGUUGGAUGAUGAAGUUCGCAAAGUCUCUAGUGCGAACUCGAAGGGCAAUCAUGCAAGAGCCGUGCUGGUAGGCUUAAAGACAAAGUUGCAAGGAAAGAUUGAGAAGAUGGAGAAGUCGCUGGCCGCUCACCAAGGAACCCUACAGACCAGGCUGCUGCUACAAAUAUACAAAACCCACGGCUCCGUCCUAGUUGAACAGCAAGGAAAUCUUGGCGAGAUUGACAGUAGUCUUCGCAGUUUCAUGGACGCUCUUGCCCGUGGGGAGACAGACAUGGCCCACCUGAUUGACCGGCGAUCCAUUGACGUCAAAGAACAUGUCACCACCGAGAUGUCGAAAGUCCAGGAAACAGUGAAGGCACAAGCGGCAGAGCUUGCCAGUGACGAGCAACACAAACAAUUGCUUCAUAGUCUGAAGUAUGAAACCAUGAAUGAGCGCCGCAACCAAAUCGCCGAGUCUCACGAAGAGACGUUCCAUUGGAUUUUUGGGUGCCCGCCGGAGAACCAGUCAGACCCGUCAGACUCGUCAGACUUGCCAAACUUGUCAAACUUGUCAAACUCUGGAGAUUCUGGAGACUCGUUCGGCCUGUCAAGUCGUAGUGAGUGCGACCCAGACGAUCCUCCUGAUUGGAAUGAAUGCGAUUGGGACGAUUUUCCCGAUUGGCUUAGAUCUUCGGAAAAGAACCUGUAUUGGCUCAGCGGCAAGGCUGGAUCCGGGAAGAGCUCACUGGUCAAAUUCCUGGUUCAGGAUUUGCGAACGACAUCUCUUCUGAACUCGGCGCUAGAAAGCUCCGAUACCAGCUCGAGACCCCCCGAUACCGACACGCUGAUAUUGUCGCAUUUUCUGUGGUCUGCUAGCCAACAACCUCUGGGGAAGAACAUCAAGGGCUUGCUGUGCUCUCUCCUUCACCAGCUUCUCGAGGACAACCGAGCGCUCUCCUCUCGUACAUUGCGGAAGUAUCCGGCAGCGGCACGCAAGACCUUCUCCAGCGACUGGUCCCAACAAGAGCUAGAUACCGUGCUGUUCCGGGCCUUGAAGUAUCAGGUCUCAUCUCGGCCAGUCUGCAUUUUCGUCGACGGACUUGACGAGAUCGACCCAACUGACGAACAGUUUCGGGUGCUGGAGCUCAUCGACAAGCUCCAAGCUGUCCCUCACCUGAAAAUCUGUGUCUCGAGUCGGCCAGAGCCCAUCUUCAAAAGGCGCCUGAGCAAAUACCCUAUGCUCCGCCUCCAAGACCUUACUAAGUCGGACAUUCGAAAAUAUACGAGCGUCUUCCUUCGGCGUCACUUUGAACCCAACGACGAGGAGUUAUGGGAAUUUCUGGAUACUGUCUGUAGAAUGGCAGACGGGGUUUUCCUAUGGGUAGCCCUCGUGCUCAAGACGCUAGAGCGAGGACUUUCCAACGACGACAGCAUCGACGUGUUGCGACAGCGGCUGGAAGUACUCCCGUCCGACCUCCAUCAACUCUACCAGCAAAUGUGGCGUCGUUUGAAUGACGAUGAGCGCCUUUACCGCAAAGAGGCUGCCAUGCUCUUCAACGCCGUACUGGAUGGUCUGGCUGUCUCCCUGCACUUGACAGUGGCUGUUGCUCCACUCGCGCUCGAUGACUCCUUGGUCCGCAGAGUAUUGAAAGAUCACACUAUGUUGGACGCAGACACUUGGAAGGAUAUGCAGUCGGCUACCCUGAAUCUUUUGGACGUUCGAUGUGCCGGUCUCCUGAAGGUUUCUGGAUCCAUUAUCGCCUUUAUCCAUCGAUCCGCAAAGGAUUUCUUCGAUACUCCCCAAGGUCAGCAAAUACUCGCGCACGACGAACGGUCUCUAGAUUCCCGCCUGAACCAAUCUUAUCUUGCCCAGUUGACAUCAAUUAGGCUUCAACUAUGUUUAGAAGGCACCAAGCCUCAGAUAGUCCAUCCUGCAAGCGAUUUCGUUGGGUGGAUCCGUCACCAGUUGUUUCGCGGCCGUCUUUCACCAGACAGUGCUCUGGACCUCAUGCACUAUUGCGAAGACGUGUACGAGGCAACAGCCUGGUCUUAUCAUGGUGCUCCGGGCGAUCCAAAUCACCCGCGUAUUGAUUUCCUAAGUCUAGCAGCCGUGUUGGGGUGUGAUCAGUUCUUCUUCUCUGCCGUUGAACGCAUGCCCGUUGCCAGGACUAUGUCAGUCACAUACAGAAGUUAUCUGCUCUCUUCAAUCUUCACGUCGCCGUGGUCGCCCCCUAUACAGAACGAUAUCUUGGACGGGAGGUCACGCAUUGCCACUUGGCUACUCGAGGCAGGAAUCGACCCCAAUUACCGCAGCAUCAAUCUCGACUCCCUCAAGUACGUUGCGCUUCAGCAGUUAAAUCGGUUGCCUCCUCGCCGGCAUUUGGUCAUCGAGUCAACCUUACUCGUUUACCUUUUCGACCUGACCAUGGACGCUUGGGGGACACUCCGUUCUCCAGUUGGAUACAUGAACGCCUUACUCGACUGCGGUGCCAGGAUUUCUAACCCGGCACUUGUUAUUUUGAUUAUUGACGGGAAUGCUUUUCAUCUAUUUUCUCACUGGAACCUUUUCACCGUCAUGACGCCCAACACUGCACUCAUCGUGGAGGCCAAUCUAGGACUUCUAUUAAGCAUAUACGUUAAAUCACAGCGGAACACGGUCAAAACGGAGGAAUAUCCAGAGUUUCGCCGGUUGUCAGAAAGGAUAUCGGGUGUAGAGGCAUCCGCAACUCUGUUGGGAUUUGCUUUGGAAUCUCAGGGGCAACAUCAAUAUCUCCAGCCAGCCUCCGCCGACGACAGCACUUUUGUGUUGGAGACUCUAAGCAACAUUCGCCUCGACAUUAGCGAGCCCGGCUCCAAGAAGUACAUAAUCCCGGAUAUUGUUGAACGACUCAGGGGUAUAGCAGGCCACUCGGUACCUUCAUCCCAUGAUGAGAUCGAAGCCCGACUCGUUGCAAACGGGCUGCUUGUCGACGCAAAGGAGGUGAAGGAUUGGCCGCCCGCCCGCUUCGCACCUUAGCACCCCUCGGCUUGAUGUUCAGAAACCCCCAGAACGACCAGCAUUUGCUCUCGAUCCAUUAUCGAUGGUGAUAGGUCCCAAGCACAAAUCUCGGAAUAUUGACGCCGGACACUAACAAUCAAAUCUCCACCUCACCAAAGUCGAUUCCCGGGUCUAGCCCUAUUGCAGCUACGCCACGUGGAGCCAAGUGCCAAGACUAAACGGCUUAGGAAGGCCGUGAAGCAAAGUUGGGUAAUCAACUGGGGUAGCUGGCGAGGAGAUUGGGGAA